AUGGACAAUUGUCCUAUGGGUCAUAGAGCUACCCAAAUGGGCCCAAUGCUCUGGAUGUCACUAUGGGGCCAUGUACUAAGGGUAGUUGUUGGGCCCAAUAUCAAGAAUCCCAAUGGCUAUAUGUUGGGCCCAAUGUGGGUCAGGAUAGGUUAUGGGCCCAAUGGUGGGGCCAAUUCAAUUUCUGUCACUAAUGGCUAUAUGUUGGGCCCAAUGGUCAAAGCAUUGUAUGAUGGGCCCAAGGGCUUGGGAAUGCCAACGAUUUUACUGGGAAUUUUUCACCAAGAGUUCAGGGUAUUUCAAGCGGGAAUCGUGGGGUUUGGCGGAACCGCGGGGUUUAGCGGAACUUUGUCGGAACUUGCGGGGUUUAGCGGAACUUUCGGGGGAGUCAGAACUUUCGGGGUUUGGCGGCACUUCCGGGUUUUGUUUUUCCCCUACUUCAACCAUUCCAAACCACCCACAAUGGAAUUUGGGACUGCCGUCCAGGCUCUCACCGAUGACGUUGGAAUUUAUAUCUCAGGACGUCUUCGAUACAUCCUACUGCAGAAGGGUGGAAACGACUUUCCCCCGAAGGAAUUCUCCGAGAGUCUGGUCACCGAUUGCGAACAAGUGAUUUCCGUGAUUGUCGAGGCCUGGAGGUCGUCUCCGAUUCAAGUAGAGUGGGACAUUGAGGAAUACAUAAAGGAUGUUGGGAGAUAUCCCCCUGCCUUUCCACCGGAGGAUGAAGUGGUUGAAAGCAAACCGGUGAUUGUGCGCGAUGUCCGGGGAAGUCAUCUUGCUUGGUAUUUACCCGGGGCAAUGUCGGAAGCACUUCAGGCAGGUUGGAAUCAUAAACCCUUUAAUCGGGUUUUGUUUGCUUUGGAGUCCCUUCGGCCCUACUUUGCCUCAUCACCCCCUGUCUCCGGGAAAUCUUGGAGAAACGACAAAGCCUACUUCCGGGGUUCUGAAGCCUCGGUAUUUCCGCCAGGAAUUUACGACGGGACUUCCCUGGGAGCUUCUGCGGCCUUGAAGAAGAACUCCACAGGGUCGAAGCGUUUCCUCCGAGAUAUCCUCGAGUUUCAGGCCCUGAUUGGCGGAAUCAUUUUCGUCUUACACCCCGCGCAGUACGCGAAAAUGCGAGGCACACUGGUCCGAGCAGCAAGUCCCAGUCUACAAAUUGCCCCAGGUGAAACGAUUGAAGAUUGGGAGUUGUAUCGGGAGAUCAUCGGUACUUGGGCCAGCGGUUUUACUGACAUGGGGUGUCUAUUUCCAAGGAGCCCCGAUGGUGCUUUGCCUUCUUCGUCCGCGACCGUAUUCUGA